GUUUUCAGUGAGGAAAUGAUUCAGAUAAUUUGUUUGCCUUUGGUGUUUCUGGGUAUAUUGGUUUCGGAUCAAGAAUAUUUCAAAUAUAUUUAUAAUAAAUUAAGCCUGAUAUAUAAUAGAAUAUAAUAAAUAUAAUGUUAACCAUUACUUAAUGGUGCUAUCUCCUUCUAAUUCAGUACUAAUCAAUUUAAAGAUAGUUAAGGGAGCUCCUUUGAAUUCUUAAAAAGCUGUGUUACUGUUUUCCAAUUCAUAAUUAACUUAUUUACAUUUGUUAAAUAAUAUGUAUUAAUUUUGAAUACUUUUAUUCAUUUCCUCUCAGUAGAUAAACAACUCGUCGAUGGGGCUCCCAAGUAAGUGUCUCUAGUUAGGUGACACUUUCGUUGCAAUUCGCAUUUCAUUGCUUGGUUAUGUGGUUCAUGGCGUGGAACCAAGCGGCACCACAUCCACACACAAGCGGCGGGCACUGUGGUGGGGACCACCGAACAGUCGAGCACUGCGUGGUGCGUUACUAAUGACGACUCUGCUCCGACCAAACCCCGUCUUCAACCUGCCUCCCAGUUCGCCCGCCUGCUCCCCGGAUUACAUGCAGUUUAUUGGCACUCACGUCAAUUAUGUCAAAGUGGCGAUCGAGCAGGGAAAGGGUUUCUUUUCGGGGGACGAGCGGAGGAGCUAAUUAUGCGGCCAUUUGGCAAGUCAAUGCAUUAACCAAUACGCAAUUCCUUUGCCCAAUCCACAAAGAGUUGGGAAUUCAGGAGGGAAAAAAUGGGGAAUCGUUGGACGAAUCAGUUUUCAGAUGAUAAAUCCUAUUAUUAAUUUGCGUUAUAUAAUUUCCAGGCAGGCAGAUCUUUUAAAGAACUCUUGUAACUUGUAACGCAUUCUUAAAGACCUUUCUUUAAGCAGCUGUUUAACCUUAGCUUCGAAAUCCCGAAGAGUGCCAACAAUCUAUAGACAAUGUCAAUGGUUUGGGAGCUUGCAUGUGUCAAGAUCAUGCGGUGGUUUUUGUUUUUUGUCUUUCAGUUUUCAGCUGGAAAAGUUCGCACAUACGCUUAGCUGACAGUAAUAACAGCUUAUGUGCGACCCGCAGUCCCCCAAACACACCCCGACUAUCCGUUCCAUCGCCUUCAAAUGGCUUCACUUAAAAGCCAGAAUUAAAGAUGUUUUCACGGGAAUCUGACUUUCAGCUCAAAUUGAGCGCAACCAAAAAAAAAAAAAAAGGGGGAAGUACUUUCGUAAACUCGCGCUCGGCUGUAGUUCAAUGUUUUUUGAAUGGUUUUAUCUGCAUCGGGUCAUCAUCAUUCGGAUUUGGAUUCGGAACAGGAAAGACAGAGAACUCUGGCAAGGUGAAAUCGACACACGGAACCGCCAGAAGAGAAUGCCCCAAGUGGGGGCUUCUUUUUUGGAGGAGGAGGUGGAGGAGGAGGGGUUCGUUGAAAGGGAAACUCCAGCCAAGCGAACCACAACUCAUAUCUCAAUGGAAAUCUAAGGCAAAGGUUUGGGCUUAAACGGAGGCUAUAGCCAAAAUGAAAACAAAAUCAAGAAGCACAAAAAGAUCUAAGCCAGAAACUAUGGAAUAUCUUAUACACUUUGAUGGUUAAAGUUUUUGAAUUAUUAAUUUGGGGUAUAAAGAAUAUAGAUACAUUUUUAAAAACCCUAUUUGAAUUAAAAGUAAUACAAGAAACUUCCCAGAAUCCAUUUUGUUUUGGCACCCAAACAAAUUCUUCAAGCACUUAAAUCUUUGAAUGCUUUUUAAUGGGUCUUUUGAGAAGUGCGGUAAGCAUUUGAAAUAUGACCAACUUCCCAGUGGUUUUCGAAGACUUCCAUUGUUUUGAGGAGGGUAUCCAGCCGUGCUCCACAUCCACGCACACACAUGUGUGUGUUGUGUGUUGGGUGUUGUGUGUUUUGUCUUGGAAGGUGGCUGCUGGUCCGCCCUCCAAGCGAAUGUGUUGCAUAAAUGCCGACGACUCCAGCUGCGACGACUCCAAAACUAUGCAAAAAGCUAAAGAAAAACGAAAAUCGAGGAAAACACAUACACCCAUACACCCACACACACCACACACACAUAUGUACAUGGGUCUUCUUGGCUGCAGAUUGCGCAAAAAAAAAAAAAAAAAAAAAGAAGAAAAACCUCCGUCGGCGGCGACGCAUCGCUUGGCUGCCUCAACGAAAGCAGCUUGGAGUUUCGUAUCUACGUAUCUGCCGGAUGGCUAGACUCUUGCCGAUGGCCACAGAAGCUACCGAAGCCCCAGAAGCUAUGGCUGCUAUAGCUGUAGCUUAGCUCGAGACUUCAUCGCGCAUUAUUAGCGAGCGCAACUGGCGGACGCGUUUCAGUCGCUUUUUCAAGCGCGCGCAGUUCAAACGCAUUCGAAAAACCAUCUGCGGGCUUCCAUUUGUUUUCCACUUUGUUUUUAGUGCUUCUGGUGACUACUUUUUGUUUUGUGCUGAUAUUUUUAUUUCAUGUGUGAUCCUAAACAAUGAGGAGUCUUUGCUGGCCACUUGCUGUCCUCCUGGCAAUCGUAAGUUGAGCGGAAUCAAUCAUCAAUUGGAGGUGACAAGUAAAAGUAAUAAUUGGAAUUAGACACAAAGAAAAGAAACGUUGACUGUAAUUAGAUUCAAUAAUAUAGUUAAGCAUUUGUUUAAUGCAAUUCAAGCAGUAAAAAAAAAAAAUAAUAAUAAUAAAAAAAAAAUAAUUUAAAAAAAAUAAAUAAAGAAUGAAGAAAGUAUUUAGCUCUUGUAAAUGAAGUUUCGCGAGUUUCACAAUUCCCAUCGCUUGCAUCGUUUGCAGCUGCCCCUUUGCUGUGCCAUCGUGGGUGCAGGAAGGGAUCUCCUGCUGACGCCGAAGCCCGGACACCAGCUGACGGGCAAGCGGAUAUUCUACGAGGAGCCUGCGGAGGAGCGGGCCAAGAACCAACGAAGAAGCACCGCGGAGCGUCCUUGGGAGCGAACCCUCAAGCACGUCACCUAUGUCACACUCUUCACGGACUCGGCGGUUGGAGCAGCGGCUGGAAAUCUGAGCCAGCUGCACGAGUACCACGACUUCCUGCAGACGCCCUACAUUCCGGCUGAUGUCCAGGGAGGAUCUUCCGUUGGAGGAUCGCCGUCCUCGCGCUUCGGUGACAUCGUCACCCUGGCGAAGGGCUACCUGGAGCAGCUGCCGUCCGGCGGAGGCGGAGCGGCGGGCAAUGGCUCCUCCUUUCGCUUCCUGGAGGGCGGCACUUGCUUCCAACUCAAGUGCCCCAACUCGAAUCCCGGCCAGCGACGCGCUCUGUGGCAGGUGCAGCGCAUCCGUCAUCGCGAUGGCGAGGACAAGGGACGACGCUAUCACUACGAGAUGAAGUUCAGUGUGACGCCGUUGGACAGCAACAAUAACAAUCAGAAUAACAACUACAACUCUUGGCAGCCGCACAGCCAGAUGAUGAACUACAUCCAAAAGGAAUCCGAUUACCCGGCGAGUUUUGGCCGCUUGACACACGACGCCUCUUCUGGAUUUGCUCAGAGGCGGCAGGAUCGGGAAAGGUAUGCUGCAGCUUCAGGGAAUGCAGAGCAACCGCAGGCCACCUUCGUCCAUGGAAUCUUUCAGCCAGCACCGCCUCCGAAACUCAAUAUUGGUGAGUACCUGAAGGGCGCAGUUCCCCAGGGAGGAGGAGCUCCCAAGAUCGAACUCUUUCCGGGACUCUUUAAUCUCGGUCUGCGUCCUAAUUACGUGGCGCCCACGACCUUUCGGCCCAACUAUCCGUCUGCGUUGAAGUUCAAUGCGCAUCCUGGAGAGCUGAUUCCGGAGAGGUUCCCCAGCCACAACGGUGAGCUGGUUAACGGGGCUCUGAAUCCCGGAGAACCACUGCCUGCCACUACGGGUGCAGUGACGCAUCACUUCCACCACCACUUCUAUGUGGCACCUGGUGGCAAUGGUGACUCCUCCCCGCUGCAUUCCGAGCUGGGCUACCGCCUGCCCCCCAGUCCGUCUCCACCAACGAGCCAUCCAACUCCUGGUAGUCUCUAUCCCGCCCAUCAAACCGUGCAAUUCCCCAGCUCGCACUCGCACUCGGGCUCCUCGGAGUCGCUGGAGGAACAGGAGCAGGAUCUGCUGCUCCGCACGCCGCAGAUCUAUGGCCAGGCGUCCAAGUUCCAGGCGGCCAAGCUGCCGCCCCUGCUGAUCUACGCGGGUGGUGGUGCCAGUGGCGAGGAGGAGGACAAGUCCUUCGUGCAGAGCGAACCGCUGGAGGAGACGGUCUAUCGCUAUUCCGAACCGGAUCCCCUGUAUGUCCACCAGAAUCCCGUCGAUGUGCUGCCCGAAAGGCAACCGCAGGAGGCGGGGGAAUUCCAAGAGGAGCAGCAGCAGGAACAGGAUCAGGAGCAGCAGAAUUAUCCAGAGGGAGGAAGCAAGGAUCAAAAGCGGGUGAGCAGCUUGAAGCAACCAGAAGUGGCGGUCAGUGCAGCAACCACAGUUAAACCACCCCCAACCACAACCACUGAGAGUGCAACCAUUAGGGAGCGAACCACCCAGAUUCCGCAGAUUCCCACCACGAGCGCCACCUUCGUGUCCACCUCCACGCACUUCAGUCCACUGAGGACCGUUAGUCGCUAUCGAACCACCCCGAAGAUAACCGCUGGCCGAUCGACCACAACCACCACGUCCACGAGCACGGAGCCACCGUUGGGCAAGUGGGCCAAGCGGCGCAAGGAGCAAGACAGCAAGGCCAAGAGCAGUCUGCGCCACGAAUCCUUCGCCAGCAGCAGCACCACUACCACUUCGAGCACCACCACCACUCAAACUCCUCCCCCCUUAACCACUGUAGGUGCACCACUUCCGCCCCUCGCACCACCCGCACCUGCACCACCGCAGAAGGAGGUGGUGGAGGUGCUCACCCAGAAGUCGGUCAGUCGGUCGGUGAGCAUCAAGGUGGGCGAGAACGGCGAGGAGAUACCCAUCAUUGUGGACGACGAGGAGAACGAGGUGAAGCCGCUACCAAAUCAGUAAACAAUAAACAAUAAACGAGAAAGAGAACACCCCAGAUAUACUCCUAAGUGUAAGACUAGUCGUAAGCUCACUCACUCAAAUCUAAAUCUAAAAUAAACUCAAGUGAUCCGCAAGUUAAGAGGAUG